CGAGGCCAAGCCCCAGCGGGCUCGUGCUGGUGCCCUCCCGGGCGCGGUGCCGGAGGGGCCGCAGGGGGCGGGUCGCAGCGGCAGGAGAGGCGCCGCCUUCCCGCCCGCCACUGCGGGGCCGGGGCCUCAGGAGGAGUCGCGGGGGUGCUGGUCCUGCUGCCGGGCGGUACAAGCUGGAGAUGCCGGCCAGGACCUGGGCCCCGCCGAGCUCCUCUGGGGUAGAUACCGGCGUCGCCCGGCCGUCCACUGCCCUGCCCUGGGGUUCCCGGCCUGCACCCGGCGUCCGGCCGGCCCCGCGCAUCGGCCUCAGCCCGCGCCCGAAGAAGUCCUCGUAGGUUUGGUGCCUUGAAAGUAUGGAAUCAAUAUCUAUGAUGGGAAGUCCGAAGAACCUCAAUGAAACUUUUCUGCCAAAUGUUGCCAAUGGCAUUAAGGAUGCCAAUAAGAUGACAAUAGGCAUAAUUGGAAGUGGAGACUUUGCUAAGUCAUUGACAAUUAGGCUAAUCAGAUGUGGGUACCACGUCGUCGUAGGAAGCAGAAACCCUAAACUUGCUGCAGAGUUUUUUCCCCAUGUGGUUGAUGUUACUCAUCACGAAGAUGCAGUAGCAAAAACAAACAUCAUUUUUGUAGCUAUACACAGAGAACAUUAUGCCUCUUUGUGGGACCUCAAGCAUUUACUCGCUGGUAAAAUUCUGAUUGAUGUCAGCAAUAAUACAAGAGUAGACCAAUAUCCUGACUCCAAUGCAGAGUAUUUGGCAUCACUUUUCCCAGAUUCCCUGAUUGUCAAAGGAUUCAAUGUUGUUUCAGCUUGGUCACUGCAGUUAGGACCAAAGGAUGCCAGCAGACAGGUAUAUAUAUGCAGUAACAAUGUUCAGGCUCGCCAUCAAGUUAUUGAGCUUGCCCGUCAGCUCAGUUUUAUUCCUGUUGAUUUGGGAGCAUUGUCAUCUUCAAGGGAGAUUGAAAAUUUACCUCUGCGGCUGUUCACUCUGUGGAAAGGGCCUGUAGUGAUUGCAAUUAGCCUGGCAACAUUUUUCUUUGUCUAUUCCUUCGUUAGAGAUGUAAUCCAUCCGUAUGUGAGAAAUCAGCAGAGUGACUUUUACAAGAUCCCCAUUGAGAUCGUGAACAAGACUCUACCAAUUGUUGCAAUCACUUUACUUUCUCUAGUGUAUUUAUCAGGACUUAUUGCAGCCGCUUAUCAGCUUCACUCUGGCACUAAGUAUAGGCGAUUUCCACCUUGGCUGGACAACUGGCUCCAGUGUCGAAAGCAGCUUGGUCUGCUCAGUUUUUUCUUUGCAACAGUGCAUGUGGUGUACAGCCUCUGCUUACCUAUGAGGAGGUCGGAGCGAUACUUAUUUCUCAAUAUGGCAUAUCAACAGGUUCAUGCAAAUGUUGAAAAUUCUUGGAAUGAAGAAGAGGUGUGGCGGAUUGAAAUGUAUAUCUCCUUUGGAAUAAUGAGUCUUGGAUUGCUUUCUUUGCUGGCAGUAACUUCCAUCCCUUCAGUAAACAGUUCCUUAAACUGGAGGGAGUUCAGUUUUAUUCAGUCUACACUUGGAUAUGUUGCUCUGCUCAUAAGUACUUUCCAUGUACUGAUUUAUGGAUGGAAAAGAGCUUUUGAAGAAGAGUACUACAGAUUUUAUACACCACCGAAUUUUGUUCUUGCCCUUGUUCUGCCUUCCAUUGUAAUUCUAGGGAAGAUCAUUUUACUUUUGCCAUGUGUAAGUAGGAAGCUGAGAAGAAUUCGAAGAGGAUGGGAGAAAAGCCAUGUUAUAGAAGAAGCAAGCGGAUCUCUUCCACAUCUCUCUCCAGAAAGGAUAACUGUGAUGUGAUGACAGACUAAUAUUUGUUAGCACUGUUCUAGAUGUUUGAGUUGUUGGGGUUUUGUUGGUUGGUUGGGGUUUUUUUGUCCUAAAUUUCUAUUUUUAGGAGAUUAGUUAAAGAAUGAAUAAAGUCACUGUGGACUUGCUUGGCAUGUAGUACAAGCUCUUAACCAACCUAUGAGAAAUUUAUAAUUAGAAGACUACUCCUUUAGAUAAUUACAAAAUAUUUUUCGUUUGAAUUACAGAGGGCAGAUGAUUAUGAAAUCAGAAAUUUUAAAUGCUUCUUUGCACAGUUAUAUCACGAGUAUUUUAUUAUAACCACGCAUUCCAGAUAUUUCUUUGACUUAGAGCAUAUGUGUCAGAGUGCUACUUAUUAAUACCACAUUUUCUGGGCAGUAUUUCUUUUAUUAAAACCACACUUCUGGGAUAGUGAAUUCAAGAUAUAGACUAAAAGAGUGAAUAAUUUAGGAAAUAAUCAGGUAUUGAAACAACUUAUCUUAAUUUGUAAUGAUGUAUUGCACAUGUACAGUAUAUUUAUUUGGGUGUGGUUUUACACCAUUCCUUCAUUUGAAUAUGCAAAACCAGUUUCAAUGAUGUUAUAAUUGUACAUCUCGUAAGCAAACGAUAUUGUACUAACAAGGUCAGUGUUUUCAAAGUAGCACAUAGGAUUUUAGACCUUCAACAUCUCUUUAUUUCUAUACAUCGUAUAAUGAAAAUUCAAAACUGUGUUUUACAUGCAGAUAUGUGUGCAAGCAAGUAGUUAUUGAUUUUGGAAUUAUUUUGAAAUAUCAGGAAUUGUUUUAAAACAAACCAAGCUGAGAAAUCUUCAACAAUAAAAAUCCAUUUUCACUGUGAAACUUCCAGUAUGUUGAUACAACAGGGAAGCAUCACAACACUCACGUUCUAUAUGUUUCUACACUGGAGUUUCUGUUAUUAUAUAUCAAUUUCCCAGAGUCUGUCUUAAAUUCUUAUUAUCUUUUUGUGUAAAUCCAAUCUUCUAUUUUUAUAUAAAAGUCUUACUUUUACAAGUGUUACUGGGAUAUGCCUGAAUUUUUGAGAAACAAAAUUAUUAUUCUUAUACUUAAAAAUGAAUUUAUCUCUAAAACUUGACAUUUGCAUUUCCUGUGAGAUUCAAAAGAACAUUCACAAUUAUUUAUUACUACUGCUUUGUCAGAUUCUCAUCUUCUCUAACAAAAUAGCCAAACUCAACUCAUACCUUCCAGCUACUCUUGCUUAAUUAGCAAAACCUUUAUUUCAGUGAAUCAGAAUGUGUUAUUUGUCCUAAUUUUCUUGUAUGAAAUUGUAUUUUUCUUAUCUGUAUUUGCACUGUUUAGGAUCUUUUGACUUUUUUAGCUGAACCUGCACUGCUUAUUUAUUACUUUGCAAGAAUUUGUCAUCGAUGUGAUACAUCAGAAAUAUACAGGACUUAAGCUUGAAUUUAUCCUUAAACAUCACUAGUCCUGUAAAUCUCAUUAUCACUGUAAUGAAAUCAGCAGUUCAAUAGAACUAGAGAAUCUAGACUCAAACUCUGCCUCCAGUUACACUAGCCCAAAUCUGAAGAGUUCACGUUAGUUGUUCUUAAUUACAUUAAGAGGACUUUAAUGGGAUAAAUGCAAUGCUACAUUCUGCCCCAGUCCUGUGCAAGAAACCUGAUUAAGCUCACUAGAAUGGGAUGGUAUAACUCAGAGCAGAAUUUCGUACCUCUGAAGAAAUUUAGAAACCAUUACUGUUGACAAUCUGAUUACAUUCCAAAAUUAAAUAUGCUGCUAUUAUUUUAUAGUAGUUCUACACUUCUAUAGAAUAGGUAAUUAACAUUAUGUAAUUUGAUGCAAUAGUGAUAAUAUUGCAGACCUAAGAUACUGUACUAACUGAAAAUUACUAUCAAAGUCCAUAUAUGUACUGUAAUGCAACCACUGACAGUAUAUACAGAAAUGUAUUGGCCCUCUUUCCUAUGCAAAAAGUUAUUUCAUAAUUAAAUUUAUUCAAGAAUGUUUAAACUGUUAAAUUUUGAACUGCCAAAGGUGUCUGGAGAGAAUAAUGUUAUGUUCCUUUUUUCAAACUGUGUGUGUAGAAACUUAAAAAUGUGGUUUGAUUUUAUAAGUUACUUGAAAGACUGAAAUAUUGAAGUAUUAAUAAAUAGAUGAUAUUUUUAGAUCAAAUAUAUGAAAACGUUUUGUUAAAUAUUUGUGCUACAAAAUUACGUAUGGUUUCCCAUUAGGCCCUGUAGCUUCUAACUGGAAUAAUAAGUUGACUUGUGAUUUAACACUUUGUAGUGUUCUUCAAGGGCCAUUCACUCUAAUGAAACACUGUAAGUCUGAAAGUAAAAUGACACUCAUGCAUUUACUACACAUUAUAUAUCUUAUCAUGCACAUAUUUAGUCACAUAAGGAAUCUUUACUCAUGUGAUCAAAAGUAUUGAUUUCUAUAGAAGAACUCACAUGAGGACUUCUCACUGGAAAAAGACCUGAGACUAAAAGUUCAAUUUCAAUUGCCUAAAUAGAAACAACUAAAUUCAUUUAAAUGUUUUAGUUACUUAGGAGAAUAAAUAUAUAUUUUGAGGAAUAGCCUGCUAUAAAAAUAUUUUUGUGUAGCUUUAUAUAAAUUACUGCCUAAUGAAAAAUGAAUAAUGAAAUAAUCUUCAUUUAUCUUGGUUACUGUUCAGUAAAAAAAAAUAGUGCUUAAUAUAUAAUACAGAACAGUGUACAUCAUGUUUGAAAAUGGAGACCUCUAUGUAUUUAGCAACAGAUUGUUUCUAUGGAUAUUAAGGUAUUCUUUCUUAACAUUGUCUAAAAUACAGUUCUAUUUCAGAUUCCAUAUGUGUUAUUAAUUUUAUCUUACAAUUCUAUUAACUGGCAACUAUGUACAAGUUAAUUAAGUACUCAUGUCCUUGAAUUAUUUAGAGAUUAAUUACAUUGUAAUUGUUUUGAAAGUUCUUUGCAUAUCUAGCUUGUGGUAAUGGUUACUGUGAAUUGGUGCCUCAUUUAACUUUUUGUUCCAACAUUGUGCAUUAUAUGAAGUGCCAAUGUGAGAAAACACAUUUGUAUUUUUAUUUGGCAUUAAUUGCCUAUAAAAUUGUGUGUGUGUGUGUGUCUAUAUGUGAUUAGCUAUAAAUGCUGCCCAACCUAGCACUAAGGGAAAUUAUUAAUGUAAAGCAAUGAGUUUCCAAGUGGCUAUAAAUUUCACAGGUAUGAAUAUAGUUAGGACCAUCUUUCCUCUGAAUGUGAAGAUUUCCUUUGAAAGUUAUAUAUAUCAGGUGCAUAAAAAUUAGAUAGAGUUUUUCAGUAUAAUAUUUUCAUAUAUGCAGUGGUAAUGGAUGCAUACACAUAGUUCUUUUCAGACAGUGCGUCUCCUAAUACACAAUUUUUUUUAUUUCUUGCCUAUUCACUCUGUAGUAUUUUCUAUCAAUGUAAUGAGUAAUGUUGCAGUACUGAUAUUGUAUCAUGAUAUGAUACUGCUUGAAUUAAUUAGAUUACAGCCUUUAAAAGUAAUGACACAUUGAACUGACUUGAACAAUGAUCUCCAUCAUUAUGUGUUGUUCCUCAUGCCUUGCUGGCAGUGUCUUGCAGUGAGCAUAGUAUGUCUCCCAUGUGCAAUAUUCUCUUUGUAGUUGUGUUUGUCAGUUUGUUUGUGCUGUCUCUCUGAACAGGGCUAUUAUAAAUUAUUAGUAAUGCUUUUAUCUAUUUUUCCAUAGACUGUGUUUUACACAAAAAAAUCAAUAAAAAGUCAGUGUCGGGUA